AUGGAUCAGAAGGAAACCCAUAGAAACAAGAGGUUUCUGAGAAUCAAAGCAACAAUUGAUCUGAACCAUCCGUUGAAGAGAGGAACAGUGCUAAAAGAUUGUGAAGCGGUGGGGGAGUUAAGCAAGGAGGGAUUUGAGGAACUUGAUGAACGGGACCUGUCGUAUGGUGCUUGGCUCCGUCGUCUCUGCUACCUAAGGUCACAAAAAUUCAACAGAAGAAAGAUUCCAACUCAAGAUCAUGCAACAAGAGUCUCUUCAGCAUUUCAUAUGACUAGAGUAGAAAAUAAUUUGGAGAUUGAAGCCGUGGCGGAAUCUCUAGGGGCUGUUGAACUAUCCAAAGGAGUGGAGAAAUUAGAUGCAACAUCAAAGGGCGCAAUAGUUAAUUGGAAGAAGUGGACUAAAAAACAAGCACCAAGGAAGGAGAUGAGUGGGGUAAACAAGAAGUUAGAAGUGGAGAUUGGAAAGAGACACCUUGUAGAUGUCAUGAUAAUUGAUGGCACCAGAGAAAUAGGAGGGAAAGGGAAGAAGAAGUUAAAGGGCCAAGACAUGGAGAAGAUUAAUUGUGAAAAUGAACCAGAGGUGGUGUUGGAUUGCCCGAUGAAAAUAUUAAGUUGGAACUAUAUGGGGUUAAGGAAUCCCUGUAGAGUUCAAUCAUUGUCAAGGCUCACAAAUCUGGAAAAUACCAUGGUGGUGUUCCUUUCGGAGACUAGGCUUACUAAGGUGGAAAUGGAGAGAAUUAGGUUGUGGUGUGGUGUUGAUAGUUACUUGGGGGUCAGCUGCACGGGGGAGAGGAGGAACAAAGCUGGAGGCAUUGCUCUUCUUUGGAAGGAAAGCUUGAACCUUUUUGUUAACUCUUUUUCCGAAAAUCAUAUUGAGGCUUCCUUUGUUAAUGAUGUCAGUGGAGAUACAUUAGUGGUGUUUACGGGUUCCUGA